CUUGCAUCAUUUAAACGAACACAGUAGCAGGAGUAGCAGAAGACUGCAGAAGAUAAGACAGUGAAAAACCGUUGGUGGCCUGUGUAGCCGUUGAGUGAAAAACCAACCUAACCUAGGUUGAUAGCGUCCUUAUUGGACUUAUCAAGACUAGAUUUAUUCAAAUUUGAAGGUCCACCGCUAUUCGAAGGUUAUUAUGCAAAGUUUCGGUACACGCGAAAGGUUAAGUGUUUUCUGAGAACCAACUCUCGCAUUCUCGUCCCGAUCUAUCGCCUAAUUGUUUGGAUGAUUGUUUGCAUUGCAUUCAACUGGACACAUUUUGAAACGAAUUUCGGUUCCCUUUGACUUUCAUACAUGAUUAUACACUCUAACGAUCACGAUUGUUAAUGUGUUACGCUGUAAUGCAUUCAAGAGUAUAAAGUGGUUUGAUAAGAUUAUAUAAAAUUAAGAAUGGACCCUGCAUCAGUUAUAGCCCUUUGGAAGGAAAAUAUUCAACCUUUGCGUUAUGGACGAAAUGCUGCACAAUUAGGAACAGCAUUAAGAGCACAAGAGGAUGCAGAUGUUCAACAAUUACUUUUGCAAGAAAAACAAAUGUAUGAGGAUGCAAUAAAAGAUUAUGAAGGUGAUGAUCCUUUGGAAUGUUGGUAUGACUAUAUACUCUGGGUGGAACAGAGUUAUCCAAAAAGUGGACACGAGUCACCUAUUAGUAAACUUUUACAACAAUGUUUAGCUAUAUUUGAAAAAGAGACCAAGUAUCAUCAAGACCGUAGAUAUAUACGCCUAUGGAUCAACUAUAUAAGUUUGCAGAAGAAUCCAUUAGAAUUGUAUCAACUUUUACAUAACAAUGGAAUUGGGACUAUGGUUGCAGACAUGUAUAGAGCAUGGGCUUUUGAAUUAGAACAAGUAGAAGACUAUAAGCGAGCCGAUGAAGUUUAUUUAAUGGGUUUGUCCGCGUUAGCUGAACCACGGGAGGAAUUGGAUUAUGCUCACAAAAAUUUCCAACUUGCGGUCGCGCGUAAGACGUUGGGCCGCGCUGAUGAUCGUACCGAAGUGUCAUUGUUCGAGCAACGUCAAGCUUUCAGUUCUUUAAAAGCGAUCAAAGCUGGUAGAAGAGUUGGUAGCGUGCGUACAGGACACCGCGUACGUGAACAUUUUCCCGGCACCGUUCCGCAAAAUCCAACAAUGCACAACAGGCCAAAUUCCAGGGUGCAGAUAUACCAGGACGAUAUAUCGAGCGAAAUGAAAGGUACAAGUAUAUUAGAUCAUGUACCAGUCGAAGAUACAAUACAUAAGGAGAAUUCUAUUAAACCUGGUCCAUGGAGUAGUGGUAGUAAACGAUGCCCUUUAAUAACAUCUACUGUAAAGCCAGCCUUUAAAGUUCACGAAGAUCAGCCGGAUGACUUUGAUGCAGACAAACUAAGAUUAUUUCCAAAUCAUACAUAUUUUUUUGAUGGUAGUAAAUAUCCCGAGUAUUCAACUGCGCCUGUAUUUGUACCAGAUCCUCCGAAUCCAAAUAUUGUAUUAAAGCCACAUUAUCCCAAAGAAUUAGUUUAUGCUAAUAAUACGGAUAGAAGUAUGGAAGAGAUAAAAGCCCAACAAUAUAUACAAAGAGCACAAAAUUUGGAAAAGAAACAUAACAUACCGAAUGUGAGGGAGGUUGAUCAUCAAGUGCAGCAUAAAACUUUCGAGUCUGUACAUUCGAGGCAUGAUUUGUCGCUACAAGAAUUGCAAAGACAAAGGCGGGAGUUCGAACAGCAAGAGAUAACGGAAAGGCAAAGGAAAUUGGAACAGCAACGCAGAGAAGCUGAACAACUUGAGUUAGAUAGACAGAGAAUUCAAGUUGAACAACAGGAACUUCAGAGGCAGUACGAGGCCGAGAACCAAGCAUUGGAGACUCAAAGGCGCGAAGCGGAACAACGUGAAUUGGAAAGAUUGGAAGCUGAAAGAAUAGAGGCCGAAAGGAUUGAAGCGGAGAGAUUGGAGGCGCAGAGGAUGGAAGCAGAAUUGAACUCGCAACGAAAAUUGCAAUCAAGUUUUAUGCAACAUCAUACAUCGUCGUUGAAUGCUGAUCCCGAAGAACAUGUACUCGGACAAAGUCUCACAGUAAACACAAAGGAAGCAUUAUCGGUCGUGCAAGACAUGUGGCGUUCCCCUGAUGCUGUAACCAUCCAACCUAGCUUUCGUAACCCAAUGACAUCUAGAAUCGCAGACACCAAGUCUAAACUGUCAUUUGACAUACAUAUGGACAGUUCAAUGACACAGCAUGCGAUGUCGAAUAGUAAACAUCACUCGGGUUACAAUGUGCAACCUUACAACGAUCAAGAGAAUCAUCAGAAUUAUUCCGCUCAUCAAAGUUACUCGAAUCAAGAGCACCAGACUUCUUACGGUAACCCUGGAUUGCACAACACAUACCAAUUUCAAAUCCAGCAACAUCAUGAACAAGUGCAACAGCCUCACUCUCGGCCGCAUCAUUCGCAGCACCAUCAACAAUUGAUACAAGCUCAUCAUCACAGUCUCCCUCACGCGUCACAUUUGCAGCCUCACAGUCAAAUCCAGCAUCACCAACAUCCUCAGCAGCAUCAGUCGCCUCACAAUCAACACCUUCAUCAUCAAACGCAUCCACAUGUUCCGCAGCAUAUGCAACAUCCCGUUUAUGGCAACAUAAUGCCGAAUGAAAUGGGUUAUCAACAAUACCCACCGCAACUGGAAUCCACGUUACUGCAUCAGAAUGUGGAGCAGCAAAAACAGCUUCAGUAUCCUCCUUACAACGAGCCUGAUAUCGAGACUAGCAAACCGUAUAGAAUGCCACCAGAAUUACCGUAUAUAAAGUCUCCGGGAAUGAAUCGCAGGGACAUCAAGUAUCUCGAAAGCGCCGAGGACAAAGAGAACGCUAUCGUCGUUGAUUAUAAUGGACCAAUAGAAGAGCCAAUUAUAAAUGUGAUUCCAAAGCCAGCUGACGAAAACGCUUUGUAUAUUGAUGAAAGUCUUGGUAUUACACCGUUAGGAAAUAACGAUACUUCUUACACGGAGGCGUUUAAUACACAAUUGACUAGCUCUACGCCUAUGACUAAUCAUUUUAGACAAUCUUACAAAGUAGUAGAAGGAACUUCACAAUAUCCGAAUCAGUAUGUUGCGUCUCAACAACCAACUACAGAGGCACCACACGGCGAGAACGAUGAGAAACUGAGCGUUAUAUUAGAAUCUACCAGGGAAUAUAUUUCAAGUAGUUCCGGUAGCAGCACUCACAUACGGAAUACCGCAUUAGGUUUCACGUUGACGAAAGAAGACCUGGUUCCUAUAAAAGAACAUUCUAUUACCAGAGAAGGAGAUGAUGACAAAGAUAUCACGCUGUCCGCAAACCAACUUUAUGAGCAAAAGCUUCACGCCCAAAUUCAAGCUGUACACGCUCAGAGUCCGCGUACGGUGCAGCGUAACGUGGAUCAAAUUACUUCCGAGAUCAAAAAGAAUUGUGAUCUACGGAAAUCGAUCAACUUCAAGUUAAAUGAGAUAGAGCAACAGGUGAAAGUUGAUUCAAUGGAAUGCGAGGAGCAUCACGAGCCGAUGGAAGAAGCGGAAGAAGAAAGUUCAUUCCAAUUUCCGGAGAACAUAAAUCCUUUUGAUAGAAACUUAAUAGCCAGUCUUUUAAAGAAAAUUAAAUUCCCCCGGCCACAUCACGCAGAGGGAUAUGUGAGAUUAGAUACUAAUUUAAAUAAGCUUGUGCCUUCUACUCAGAUUACGCUUGGUACUGAAACGUACGAUUUACGUAAGUGCCUUGGAAAGGGAACGUACGGUACAGUAUUCCAAGCAGUGAACCUGCAGUCAGGUCAGGUAGUCGCUCUCAAGACUCAGAAGCCUGCUUGGAUUUGGGAAUUUUAUAUUACUAGGGAAAUAAAAUGUCGUCUUACUAAUCCACAUAUGCUACGCGGAUUUAUGGAUGUUUCAAUGGCGUACGUCGCGAAUAACAGUAGCAUAUUAGUUUCGGAAUAUUCCAAGUACGGAACGCUGUUAGCAGUAACGAAUCAAAUAAAAAUUACUACGGGUAAACCGUUAGUGGAACAGCUAGCUAUAUUCUUCACGAUUGAGAUACUGCAAAUCGUGGAGUAUUUACACAAAUGCCAAAUAAUUCACGGAGAUAUUAAACCGGACAAUUUCCUUUUGAUGCGUUCGCCCACGGAAGAUGUAAGGCCAACAAUACAAUUAAUAGAUUUCGGAUGUAGUAUAGAUAUGACUUUGAUGCCAGAGAAUACGACCUUUACUCAGGUCAUAAAAACGGAAGAUUUUACUUGUAUCGAAAUGCAAACUGGAAAGCCAUGGACAUACCAGACUGAUUUAUAUUGUUUAGCUGCAACCAGUCAUUGUUUGUUAUUUGGUAAUUAUAUGCGAGUUACGAAUACCGGUGGUCGCUGGUUUAUCACAUCAAAAAUACCAAGGUACCUUAAAAAAGCCGCUUGGGAACAGUUCUUCACAGAGUUAUUAAAUAUCGAGUCAUGCGACAAAAUGCCAGAUUUAUCGAAAUUGCGAAACAUGAUGGAGGAAACGUUAGCGCAGAUAUCAGAUGUGCAACAGAAAUUUAGAUAUUUCGACAAUAUUUUAAACAAACGAUAACACUUACUGAAUGAUUUAUUGUAUGAAACGUUGUGUUCCGACGUGUGCACAUAUUUAAGUAAAUUUAAUGUUAGUAUGCUAUUUAUUAUAAAAGUUAAUACUACGGUGAUAUAUGUAAUACACGGUUAACAAUACAUAAAAUGCACCUUACGGCCUGCUUCGUGGAGGUUUCAGUUACUGCUUGCACAUAAUCAAUUCUAUUAGAAAUAAUAAAUACUUGAUUCGAUUGAAAGAGAAAAUAGAUUGAAGGGACAUUUGAAAAAGAUCACUGACCACAUUACUGACAUUUUACGCGCCAUAACUUAUAGAAACGUCUUUCAAGAUACCUCGUGACGCAGUACCUGGAUAUUAGCAUAUGUCACGUAAACUGUGUAAACGCAGAUUUGUAUAAUAAAAGUUGAUUAGGAAUGCAAAACUUCGAGAAAAACGAGUAUAUAAAAAAAUAAAAAAAUAUUUAUAAUACAAUACACGUGUGAUAAGUGCGGGUUGUACACUUACAGUGUUUCAUAAUUAUGUACAAGCAGAAAAUCUCGUGUAUCACAAUAACUACCGAGUAAAUGAAGCUUGCAUACUUUUAUGUAGAUGACAUGCGCAUGUAGCGUUUAUAUCAUGUAACAUUAAAAGGAAUUUUUCGUUCUAUAAAUAUCAAAUUUUUUACACGCACAAAUACACUUCAAUAUAAUAGGAUUUCGGAGAUUGAAUUACUCUUUUAAAAAAAGGAAAGAAAUCUUUAUUUUAUUGAUUGAUCUCCAUAUUUAUCUUCUGUUCAUUUUUUAUAUACUUUCAUACCCUUCAAUAAAGAUCAUGUAUAAAAUACACGAACUUAUGUAAUGUGAACUAACACUUUGAUAAUACAACUUUAUUUUAUGUUCAUUAAUAUUUUAUUUUGAAUGUGCAAAGUUAUUCGUCAAUGAAUCCACUAAACAGGCCUGUAUGUAGUAUAUUUUAUAAAAUAGGUCCUAUUGUAUCUAAUACACGUACGAUAAAAAUUUCAAAUUUGUGUUCAAAUAAUUCGAUUUUCGACUUUAUAUAAAUGCACAGAAACGAUAGGUUGUCCAAUAUUUAAACAAUGAUAUAAAUUAUACGUGUAUAGAGUUACAAAAUAUAUUAACGAUAAUGGGCAGCCUAUUGUUCUAAUCUGAAACUUUCUGAGAAUAUGCCUUAUCUUAAUUUGAUGGUGCAGUGUAAAAAAAUACUUAGAUUCAUACUAUAUACAAUUAUUCAACGCAACUCUUAUAAAAAUGGAAAGGAUAGCGAAGGAUGAUGCACGAAGUUAUCACCGAAGUUAGAUUUACUUAUACAAAUAAAUUCAGGAUGAGUAUUA